AUGGCGGCCUGUGCAGAAUACUUCCUUGUCGCGGUACUAGUUAGUACGGCCGUAUUCUACACAGGUGGAGUAGACGUGGCGCUCUUGAACCAGUACCCGCUGAUCCCGCACCUAGAGGCAGGAACCAACGCCGAGGUGGACGGGGAAACUUUCUUCAUCUGCAUAACUGACGGAACUGUCGUUGGGCAGAAUAUACAGACCAACUAUUUCUUCAAGGUCGACUAUUCACCAGGCGGGACUAGUUUUACACCACAAAGGGGAACUACAUGGGAAUCUGGCAUAUGGAAGGUCACAACAAGAGUUUAUCCACCAUCUUCCGUCACCAAUAGCUACAGAGAGGACAUUAUCGGGGUUUUCUCCUGCAGUGGAACUAAAGACGGCGUCACCAGCAAGGUGUCUACUGUCAAAAUUCUUAACACAGCUUGUCCAUCUAACAGUACCGGUCCUGGUUGUUCCACUCCGUGUUUGUGCUACCACGGAGGCUGGUGUGACGACACCGGGGACUGCAUCUGUCCGCCGGGGUUUACUGGGGACAACUGUGAAUUAGCCUGUUCCCAGUCCUCCCAGUACGGCCAGUCGUGCCAGUGGUCCUGUAAUGACGGCGGCAGGACCUGUCAGAAGUCCCUCAUCUGUCUGCCGGAUCCUUACGGCUGUGAGUGCGCCAACGGAUACAAGGGAUUCGACUGUGAUACAGUCUGCGAUACAAACGAAUACGGUCCAGGAUGUUCCAAACAGUGUAACUGUGCGAACGGAGGGACCUGUGACGUCAACAAGGGAUGUCUGUGUACGGGGGACUGGAGAGGACCAACAUGUCAGGAGAAGAAAUUUCGCAUCGCCUUAGACCCUUCCUCAGUCCACAUCUCUGAUGUACGCGAGACCACAGCUAACGUGACCUGCAGCUGCCAUCCAUGGACAACAGACGACUGUCAGGCGGUGGUAGCAAGUGUUCCUGGGAACGAGGUCGCUCUGACGUCACAGUAUGCAUGGGAUGGUCGGCAGGCUGUGUGGACAUUAACCCCACCUGAGCGGCUUGGCCAGUUGCAGCUUGAAUGUUCGGUCACAUACAACGGUCAGGACUACACCUUUCCUGCGUUCAUAAACAUCACGGGAAUGGCACCGUCCAUUGUUUUAAAUCCUCGUGAUGUUGAGGUCAAUCUUAGACAGAGCGUGAUCGUAACAUGUGGAGCAAUUGGUGACCCGGAGCCAAGCAAAACUAACUUCAUCUUGACAAAGUCAGACAAUGGAGUUGUUCAUCAAGCUUCUAGUGCACUUUCGAACGCUACCGCUGUUUUCAGUACUUUUGUGUUCGAGGAGGCUUCCCGUGAUGUUGACGGCCAGUAUACAUGCAGCGUAACCACCAUAGCUGGGGUUGUCAACUCUCAACCUAUAACCAUUGCUGUGAAAGUUCCACCCUCUCCCAUGAACGGGCCAACCAGUGCCGAUGUUGGCCUUGACUUCAUCCUUGUAAACAUCAACAGCCUCCCACACGAUGGAGAUGGACCGCUUGAGAAAAUAACCUUGCGGUAUCAGCAGCUGCCCACGGGACAAUGGCAGGAGGUGGACGUUCCGCCUGGACAACAACAGUUUCAGCUGUCAGGCCUUCCACAGGACACAGAGUACAACAUCACAGUCGUGUUGACGAGACCAGGAACAGGGGGGACUGGAGGAGAAGGUCCUAGUAACAUCAUUCGGACAGCAGCACCAGUUGAUGGAGGCUGGUCAGAGUGGGGUGACUGGUCAUCCUGCAGUGUAUCCUGUGGAGAGGGAAACAUGACCAGAACCCGGACAUGUGACAACCCCAGCCCUGCAUAUGGAGGACGGGACUGUGAGGGAACAGCGAGUGAGACACAGACAUGUCCGGGUCUUUCCGCUUGUUCAACAGGUCCAUCUGUGGGUCUAAUUGCCGGCGCAGCAGGAGGAAGUGUUGCUGUUAUUCUUGUGUUGGUAGCAGUCGUCAUCUUUUUCUUCUGGCGCAGGCGUCAUGGAAAAGAAGGCUCCACCAGGACACCACCACCAAGUGUGCCAAUGUCACAGUUGCCCACUAGACAACCGAAGGAGGAAUCACGAGAAGACGCUGCUGUGGAGGAACAUAUCCAGGAUCCCGCAUAUGACGACGUGCCGGCUCCUGCCUCUCCCCCUCCCGUUCCGUACGGCCCUGUCCCGCUGGACCAGCUAGUAGAAUACGUCAAGAAACAACAUGCUAACUCUGACGCAGGAUUCAAGGCAGAGUACAAGGCUCUCCGUGACGGCCAGCUGCACCCCUGGGACGUGGCCAGACAGGUGUACAACAAGAAGAAGAACAGAUACGGAAACAUCGUCACAUAUGACCACUCCCGAGUUGUGAUCGGCUGUGACCCAUCAUCAGACUAUAUCAACGCAAGCUACAUCAAGGGAUAUAAGAAAGAGAGGAUGUACAUUGCAGCUCAAGGCCCCAACAAGGCCACCAUUGCAGACCUGUGGCGUAUGGCAUGGCAGGAGAAGUCUCCAUGUAUUGUCAUGGUUACCAACCUGAUGGAGAACAACAAGGUUAAAUGUGAGCGUUACUGGCCAGGCAACACCCAUACACAAGAGUAUGGUGACUUUGGUGUAACCUGUAUGAGGGAGGACAUCUACACGGACUUUACCAUGAGGAAAUUUCACCUGUUUCAGGCUUCGGAUAAUACAAACUUCCAUGAGAUCUACCAAUACCAGUUCACGGCCUGGCCUGACCAUGGGGUGCCGACCUACGCCUCGCCGCUCAUGGCCCUGCGCAACAAGGUGAAGGAACAUGUCACACCUGAGUCUGGACCCAUCAUCGUGCACUGCAGUGCCGGUGUUGGCCGUACGGGGACGUUCAUCAUGCUGGAUAUGAUGAUGGAGAUGUUCAAAGAAGAGGAGCUGGUGGACAUCUUCAACUCUGUUAACCAGCUGAGGGAACAACGGAUCAACAUGGUGCAGACCUCGGAGCAGUACAUCUUCAUCUAUGACGCCCUGCUCGAGGCCAUAGUGUGUGGAGACACGGCCGUGCCGUCUGAUCAGUUCAGGUUCAGGUUCCAGACUCUCAGGAAGAAACCUCGCACUGGGGAACCGUCCGAGCUCAUGAUUCAGUUUAUAGCACUUCGCUCCCUCACCCCGAUCAUCAACCCCAAGGAAUGCCGGGAUGGCCGCGCCCCUGAGAACAGGAACAAGAACCGCCACAUCAAUGAUCUCCCAUCUGACCGAGCGCGACCUUUCCUGAUGUCCCCUGGUGACGAGACCGGUACUAACUACAUCAACGCCGCCUUCAUCAAUGGCUACAAGCAGCGUGACGUGUACAUCGCUACCCAGGCCCCCCUCCCCAACACUGUCCUGGACAUGUGGCGCCUGGUGUAUGACUACAGGAUCUCCUCUGUCAUCAUGCUGAACGAUAUGGACGACCCGACGUGCCCACGUUACUGGCCUGGUCCUCACCAGCCAGAGCAGCACGGCAUGUUCCUCACCAGUCACGUGGAUGUGUCUGAGGACGGAAACCUCGUCAUCAGGACCCUCAAGCUGCAGAACACACUCAAGAGCACUGAAGCCGCCCGUACGGUGAAGAUCUUCCAGCUGACGGGCUGGCCACGUGACGAGAAGACCCCGCCCUCCCCGUGCCAGGCCGCCAUGAUAGCUCUGCUGAGUGAGGUGGAGAGGUGGCAGCAACAGACUGGGAACGAGCCUAUCGUCGUGCACUGCAUUGACGGUGUGGAGCGGAGCGGGGUGUUCUGUGCCCUGAGCGUGGCCUGUGAGCGGGUGAAGGUGGAGCAGGUCGUGGACAUCUUCCAGGCGGUCAAGACUGUCCGUGCCUGCCGCCCAACCAUGGUUAACGACGCGGCGUCGUACGAGUGCUGUCAUCACCUGGUGAUUGAGUACCUGAAGGGUUUUGACACCUACGCCAACUUUGUUUAGGCGGGCAUUCUGUGUCUCAACUAAAAGCAAAGCAUCCGGAAAAAGUUUGAGUUCUGCUAUUGUGCCAGCUUUUGAGCUUUCAUAGUUGUUGUAGGCUUUAUCAUGAUCAUGGGAUUAUACAAACAAAACAAAUCAGGUGCAAUGAAAAAGGUCUUAACUAUACGUCAAGUACAGUUGUCAAGAGACAUUUACUAUAAGUCAACAAAAUGUAACGAUGGACAGUUAUUAAAUCAUAACGAUGAUAGAUAUAAGUAUUGUUUUGACAGGAUGUACAUUUCAUGAAAAAAGUUCGAUUCAUAAAUUAUAAAUUAACUCAACCAAAUGUAACAAUGUGACAGUUACAAAAUCAUAAUAAUGAUAAAUGUAAUUAUUGUUUUGUAAAUAGCAUGUGCAAUCAAGUACCAGAUACCUUAAGGCUUUGCCAGUUGCAUUUUGUGGGUUCUGCUGAAAACAAAUACAAUAACGACAUUCUAUUCAUGCAUGGAUUAACGAA